AUCAACAACAUAAAAAAAAAAAAAAAGAACAGUUAAGCUGGGCUCUACGACUGUUCUGUGGGUAUUCGUCCAGCUAUACCGGCUGAAAGCGCAUGUUCAGCAAUGAAGCUCUUGACUGUAGCGAUACCUUUCCUAGCAUCAUUUUUUAUUCAGAUUGAACAAGUAAUAUGCCAUGGGCGUUUAAUGAAUCCGCCAUCAAGAAACGCAAUGUGGAGAUUCGGUUUCCCCAAUCCAGUCGACGUAAAAGACAAUGAGCUUUGGUGCGGGGGAGUCAAGGUGCUAUGGGAUGUCAAUGGUGGCAAGUGCGGUGUUUGCGGAGAUCCGUGGAACGAGCCUCAACCCCGCCCUCACGAAAUUGGGGGUUACUUUGCAAACGGCCUGCUAGGACGGCGCUACACUCCGGGACAGGUAAUCGACAUAGAAAUUGAGCUCACUUCGAAUCACAAAGGGCACUUCGAAUUGCGACUUUGUCCAUUGCUCGGAUAUCUAACUGCAAACAAUGAAACAGACGAUUGCUUCGAAAAGUACCCACUGUAUUUAGAAGGCCAAUCCACGUAUAAAUUCCUGAUUCCAGAUGAUUCGGAGAGACACGUAGUUUUCAAGUAUCGCGUUAAACUGCCUAACCAAGUCACUUGUACACAUUGCAUAAUCCAGUGGAUUCACUAUGCCAGCCACAUUAACGGGACCUGCGAUGACGGAACUGUAAACAUUGGAUGUGGAAAACAGGAAAUUUAUCGGAACUGUGCGGAUGUAGUCAUCAUCAGCAACACAGGGGGCUUUGAACCAUUUGGACUUAUUCCAACUAUUCCGACAAGCCAAAACGUUAAUCCAUAUGCCAUUAGAUUAUGGAACAAUAACGCUCAUCAUGGCACGCACACCGAGGAAACUUUAGUUGUCCGCUCCCAGUCCUGUACUGCAGUUGGAAAAUACCGAGGGAUCAAUUACUUCGAUUCCUGGUGCAUGACUAGCUGUAUGAAGUACCCGCCCACUUGUCCGGAACACGCUUGUCAGUGCAUAGUAAGCUGUGCCCCAAAGGAAGAACUGCUAAAAAGCGAACGAGUAUCAGAGGAAUCUUUUUGUCAGCACGAUUGCUUGCUAUCGCCCUUUAGCGAGCGAUGUUCUCGAUUGUGCACAUGUUCUUAGGAGAAUCGAGUUUGCUGACUGGAGGAGAUGAAAAGUCAAAUUAACGUCUACUUUGACGCAACCAUCGAUUACCUUAGUGGAUUAGUUCUACUAUGUCGUAAAAAUUGUAACCUGAAAAUUUGCAGUGGAACACUGUUUCCAGUUGGACGAAAGACGUACCUAAAUGGCACUAUUUUGCUAUUGUUUAAAAUAAACGAUUUUUAGUGUCUAUAAGUAAGGGAAAAUUCAAAUUCAGUUAAAAUAGAACACGAAAAACAAUCACCCGUUUUUUUUAUCUCUUUGAAUUUAAAAUGCCAUAUUGCACUCGAAUCUUGAAACUGUUUUUUUUUUCUGGAGGAAACUGUACACUUGUAUACAGUGUACAGCCCCAUGCCAUGCAACGUUUGUAUCUCAUGGAUUAUAAGAAGAGUACUUCUUCAGUCGGUAUUCCGAUGAAAAUACGAGCAAUCAAAUAAAGCAGUUUACGCGCA